CCAGGACAAGAUGACGACAGUUCAAACCAUUUCCGGUACGUGGGACUUUCACAACAAAAGACGUUAGACGCUGGUCCUCAGUGAAGUCCUCCAGUUAAUUUUAAUGGGAAAUUUGCGUCAUUUCUUUCAAUGGUUGACAUCAUACAACAUUACAAAAUAAUAUUACAUCUAUUACCCUCAGCUACAAUUUGCGAUACACAUACAUACAUACAUACAUACAUACACAUAUAUGCUUUUGUGUGCAUAUAGCAGCAAAUGCUCCCGGAUGUUGACCCUGUAUGUGGUGGUCAAUUGAUGAACCUUGAGCGAGGUCCCAGCCUUCCCUGCCGGAAACGCUAUGGAUACGUGACGUCACAUCAUGGGCCCACAGGAGCCAGGAGGAGACGAGUACCGACGCGUGAGUCGUCACGAUGGUGACAACAAAUAACAGCAAACGUUUUCCUAGAUGUGAGUACAAAAACAAGAUCAUGAAGGCCACAGGAGUCGCAAUAGGAAGGAUGAAAGAUGUCAAACUGGCAAGACAGCAGAACUACAUGUGUUGUGGACGAGCAAACGGCAAAAAAAUUUGACGGGCACCACAAACGAACAAAAAAAGGAUUCAUCAGUUGGACUGGAUACUCAACUGUGGCACUGGGUCUGUUCUUUGCCAGGAUUCUGACCUCUGACUUCCUGGAUGUGUCUGGACUCAACUGGGUCAGUGCAGCAUUGAAGGAGUGGCCAUGCUGCACCCAGGUGGAGCCUGGAGAUUUGGUAGCUUCUUAUGAGGCUGAUUAGCUCUAAGGAGAUUAGGAACACAUGACGGCCGCUCAACUUCUACUCAGAUUCAGUAUUUGCGCCCUGGUCCCGCCGAGAACAACUAAUGACCUGCUGCUGGACGUGGCCUUUCCACCGACAUCCUCACAAGUCUCGACAGGAACAGAUCUGAAGAACUAGAGAAAUAAAUGUGAACUAAAAUCCAAUCUUCAGGGAAGAAGAUGGACAUGAGACGUUUGAAGGUCACAUCCUGCCUGCGUGACAAAACGUCACCUUGAAAUACCCACUAAGCUUCUUAUCAGAGGAGCAAGUUCCACCCCUUUCCUAUCGAUGGACUGAACUUCGACCUCUCACAUGUCAAGGCCAUGUCCUGUUCGACAGAGGACGAGCACGUAUGAUACUUGCGCCACGAAUGAGAUUCAUGUAUGACACCCGCUCCAUGUAUGACGCUCGCUCCCGUCAUUUACGAUGCCUGUUUCACGUAUGACACUCAAUCCACGUAUGUCGCUUGCUUGUUCACAUAUGAUGCUCACGUAUGACGCUUGCUCCAUUUUUGAUGCUCACACAUGACACCCACUCCCAUCAUGUAUGACACUCACAUAUGACGCUGGCUCACGUAUGACGCUUGCUACACAGGUAUGAAGCUCGUUCCACGUAUGACGGUCACUCCACGUACGAAGCUCACUCACGUAUGACGCCUGCUACAAUUGUCACGCUCCCACCAUGCAUGAUGCUGGCUCACGUAUGACGUUCGUUCACAUAUGACGCCGGCUCACAUAUGACACUCACUCCACGUACGACGCUGGGUCACAUACAACGCUUGCGCCACAUAUGACUCUGGCUCACCUAUGACGUUCACUCCACAUAUGAUGCUCGGACAACGUAUGACUCUGGAACACAUAUGAUGCUCGCUCCAUGCACAACGAUGGCUCACGUACGAUGCUCGCGCCACACAUGACGGUUACUCACGUACGAUGCUCACGCCAGAUACGACGCUGCCUCAAGUAUGACGCUCACUCAUGUCACAUAUGACAUUUGCUCCACGUAUGAUGCUCACUCCACCCAUGACGGUGGCUCACGUACGACGUUCGCUGCGAGUAUGACACUCCCUCACGUAUGAACACAACGGCUCACCUAAGACGCUCACUCAUGUCACAUAUGACGCCCUCUCCACGUAUGACGCUCGUUCACGCACAGUAUGACAAUCGUUCAUGUAUGGCACUCUCUCCAUGAGUUUUGUGUUUAAAGUUGAGUCAAUCAUGAUCAACGGGGCGGAGCUAAGGACACUAAAGUGGAAUCUGAUUGGAGCAACCAGUCUGCCAAAAACCAUCCUACCUUCUCCGUUGUGUCGUCGGCCUUUAAACUGAUGUUCCUGUUGCUGAGUUGCAAGGUUCCUUGGCAGAGAACCAUGAUGGCCACUAGGAGAGCAUGCGGCAGUUGGGCCCGCUGGUGACCAUGCACAUGUGAUCCAAACCAUCAUGGCUGUCUGCAAAGUGACCUUUAGCAAGGCAGAGAGAGAGAAGCUCGCUGAGAUCCUCUGCCUUCUAAACUGGGUCUCGGUCGUGACCGGCGCCGCCCUCUUUUGGGUGGGUUUGUUCCUGAAAGUGGAGAUCCAGAAAUGGCAGGAAGUGAUGUCUGACCAGGGCGUCCUUCAUGUGCCACAUAUGCUGAUCGCUACAGGCCUGGCAGCCUGCUGCAUCAACUUCCUGGGUGGGAAAAUCUGUCUGGACUGUGCUGACCCAAACAAGUUCUUACGCUGGAAGCUGGUCAUGAUGCCCUAUGUGGCCUGCACCUUCUUCUUCACAUUCUGCGUCCUGGUGGGGGCGCUGCUGUGUUACAGUGUGGGAGGCCAGCUGCAGGAAUCACUCUUCCUGGGACUGCGGCAUGCUAUGCGCCACUACAAGGACACUGAUACACCAGGUCGCUGCUACCUGAAGAAGACCUUGGACUUGCUGCAGAUCCAGUUCCAGUGCUGUGGAAAUACGGGAUACCGGGACUGGUUCCAGGUCCAGUGGAUCAGUAACCGAUACCUGGAUAUGAGCAGCAGCAGCGUGCUGGAACGACUAAGGAGUAACGUGGAGGGGAAGUACUUGUUGGAUGGCGUUCCAUUCAGCUGUUGCAGUACCUUUUCUCCACGCCCGUGCAUCCAGCACCAGGUCAGCAACAGCUCCGCCCACUUCAACUACGACGCUCGGAGCCAGCAGCAGAACCUGUGGGAGGGGGGCUGCCGACAGGCCCUGCUGGACCACUACACCGGUAUCAUGCAGUCCAUGGGCGUGGCCGUGCUGCUCAUCUGGUUGUUUGAGCUACUGGUUCUGACAGGGGUCCGUUUCCUGCAGACGGCCAUGGAGAAUGUUCUCCUUCUGGGGGAUCCGGACUCUGAGUCGGUUGGCUGGAUUCUGGAGAAUAGUUUGGCAGAAACAGCCCGAUCCAACGUGAAGAUCAUCAAAAGCUUGGGGAAGUGCUACCAAGUGGACGACGACCCAAACCUGAAUGUCUCCACAGAGCCUGGGGGGGGCUGAACCGGCAGCACCGUGGUCGUGUUGGGUACAGAUGCCAGCUGGACGAGGAUGAACUGAAGAGAAGUCCUUUGACGUCCCAUGAAGUAGCCAUCAGGCUGAAACACAAGCGGCCUUGUGACCACUUUGACAACAACAUCACUCACUGUGUGGAUUGGCAAUAAGCAUUAUUAUGUGUUUAUCUAUUUAGCUUAGCGUGAAGCAGCCCGUCAAUACACAGAUCAUUGUGAGCCUUGUUUCAGACAAAAGAUCUUUUUCAAUAUAACUUUGAUAUGAAAACUUUUUUCCUGCAAAUAAAGAUGCAUACUUCUG